UUGCCCUUGUAGUAAAAGCAUGGGCCUAUAAUUCUUUGGAGAGGAUAGAAGCCAGUUUCAUGGAAAAGUUUAUUCCUUUACAAAAGAAGAGAUUAGUACCUUCAUUUUGCCACUGUGCUGAAUUAAAGAAACUUACUGUGAUCACUUUCAAUUUUUGUAUACAGAAACUGGAUCUUUCAAUUUUAGGAUUUUUAGGGGAACGUUCAAGAGAACAUUCAGAGGAACACUUAGGAGAACAUUUGUGA